AUGCAAGUGCUAAAUCUAAUAAGGGGAUUCGACCUGCAAAAGAUAAAAGAGGCCGAUACAAUCAAAGAAUACUCAGACAGAUUGCUUAGCAUUGUCAACAAGGUAAGGCUUCUUGGUACUAAAAUUGAUGAUUCAAGAAUUGUAGAAAAAGUUCUUGUUACCGUGCCUGAAAGAUAUGAAGCUUCAAUAACCACCCUGAAGAACACAAAAGAUCUAUCCAAGAUUACCUUAGUAGAGCUAUUAAAUGCUUUGAAUUCUCAAGAGCAACGGAGGCUUAUGAGACAAGAUCCUACUGUUGAAAGAGCCUUAUCAGUCAAACACCAGGAUGCUCAGAGGAACAACAAAAAUAAGAAUCAUAUGAGUCAAAUCUCAAGUUCUGAGAGCCGUUCAAACAACCACACUCAAAGCAAAGGUAGAAGCUCAAAGGGAAACUAUCCCCCUUGUAAACAAUGUGGCAAAUGGGACAUCCUCCAUUCAAAUGUUGGAAGAGACCUGAUGCAAAGUGUAGCAAAUGCAAUUAGCUUUGACAUGAAGCUCAAAAAGAAGAAGAACCAUUGCAAUUACAACCAUCUCAGGGACAAAAUAAUUUUUGAUGUUCUUUAUGUACUUGAUAUCGAUCAAAAUCUACUGAGUGUAGGCCAGUUAAUAGAAAAAGAAUUUAAAGUGUCCUUUGAAAAUUGGUAUUGCCGUAUCCAAGAUGCCACUGGACAGGAGAUUUUACGUGUUAAAAUGAGAGAUAAAUCUCAUUUGACCCAACAGAGGAGGAGCACACAGCUUUUUCCACCAAAUUCAGCAUUACCGAAAUCUGGCACAAAAGGAUUAGGCAUUGUCAUCUUCAACGAAUGCUAA